ACUAUAUCGUCACAUCCCUACACAAAAUCAAACUCAUCCCAACUCCUUGAAAAAGAUGCCAGUUUACGAAUCCGAUUCUGAUGCCGACACUCCUCCGGGAAAACUGUUCGAUCGUACAAGGUCGAUACAUGAAGUGUUUGGCGGAGGCCCAGUGGCAGAUAUAUUGCUGUGGAGGAACAGAAACGUCUCGGCGGCGCUUUUGGCCGGGACGACGUUGAUAUGGUUUCUGUUCGAGGUCGUGGAGUACAAUUUCGUGACCCUCCUGUGUCAUAUCUCCAUCACAGCGAUGCUGGUGACCUUCAUAUGGCACAAGGCCGCAGAGAUCUUCAACUGGGAAGCUCCCCAGAUCCCACAGUUCAGAUUUACGUUUGAUUAUGUGGCUUCAACCUUUCACGGAAGAUUCAACCAGCUCAUGUUGAAUCUGAUCGACAUCGCAAGCGGGAGAGACUUUCGUCAAUUCAUAUUGGCAAUUACCGUUCUCUACGUGUUGUCCGUGAUCGGAAGCUGCUUCAGUUUCUUGAACCUCCUCUAUUUGGGGCUUUUCUGCAUGGAGACGUUGCCCUUCCUGUACGACCGGUUCGAGGAAGAAGUUGACAUGCUGGUGGGCAGGAUGGCAAGGGAGAUAAGGAGGCUUUACAGAAGGUUUGAUGCGCAUUUUCUAAACAAGAUUCCCAGAGGGCCAGUCAAAGAAAAGAAAACCAGAUAGAUUCAUGCUCAUACGACCACAAGGACAUAAUGGUCCGAUGGCGCCAGAAGCUUCGGACCCAACAGGAAGAAUUAAUUUCUUUUAGUUGUAAAGUAACUAGGCAUAUAAAUAUGUGGGUAAAGGGUGUCUGCAAAAUUUGUUACAGCUAAGUAAAAAUCAAAUUUGAUGAAACGGAAAGUAUAAUAAAUGAAUAAAAAGUUCACUUGAGAACAGUAA